UCCCCACCAGCGCGUGCGCGUCAUACCAAGCGCCAAUUAAGCACGUUGUGAUGGCUUCGGCGGCGCUCUCUGCACGGUCGUGGAUCAUGGUCGUGGUGGUGUUGGUCGGCGUCCGGCAGUCCUGCCGUGCCGAGUUCACGGUGGUGGUGCCGGACACGUCCGCGGCGGCGCUGGUGGACGCGCCGCAGACGGGGUUCUCGGACCGCGCGCGCACCGACCCGGCCGAGCAGCGCGCCGUGCAGGAGGUGAUGGCGGCCACGGGCAACGGCUGGGCGUGGGGCAUACCGGACGUGUGCCGGGGGCGGUGGCAUGGCAUCGAGUGCGUGCCCGACCGCGACGACGUCUACCACGUCGUGUCCCUCGCCUUCGGCGCGCUCUCAGAUGACACGGCCUUCCCCGCAUGCGACAAGGGGCGAGCCACGCUGUCCCCCGCCGUGCUCGCGCUCCCGCACCUCCGGUCGCUCUUCUUCUACCGCUGCUUCACGGCCAACCCGCAGCCCAUCUCGGCAUUCCUCGGCCGCCUCGGCCCUGCGUUCCGGUCGCUCGUGCUCCGCCAGAACGGCCACGUCGGCCCGAUCCCGGCGGAGCUCGGGAACCUCUCGGCGCUGCGCGUGCUCGACCUCCACGGUAACCACCUCACCUCAGCCAUCCCCGCCACUUUCCAGUCCCUGAGCCAUCUCCAGAUGCUCGACCUCAGCUACAACCGGCUCGCUGGCCAGGUGCCCCACUUCAAGUUCCAGCGCCUCAGCAUCCUGGAUCUCAGCCACAACGCGCUGCAGGGCCGCGUGCCGCCGAGCCUUGGGCAAUGCCGGUCUCUGUUAAAGGUCGACCUCAGCCAGAACCGCCUCGCCGGCACGAUCCCGAACGCGCUCGGCGAUCUGUCAGACCUCAUGCUGCUGGACCUCAGCCACAACGCGCUGUCCGGUCCGAUACCGGUUGCGCUCAGCCGGCUGUCGUCGCUGCGGUCGCUGAUCCUCAGCGACAACCGGAUGCAGUUCUCGACGGUGCCCGGCGACUUCUUCUCUGGGUUCAAGGCGCUGACCACGCUGGUGCUCUCCGCCAUGGGCCUGGCCGGGUCAAUCCCGGAGUCCAUCGGGGACCUGAGCGAGCUCCGGGUGCUGCGCCUGGACAACAACCAGUUCACCGGCGUGAUACCAGCUAGCUUCCGACGGCUGGAGAGGGCGAGCGAGCUCCGCAUCGACGGCAAUCGGCUAGUGGGGCCGAUACCGUUCGGCAAGGAGAUGAUGUGGAGACUGGGCAAGAAGUUGCGCGUCGGCAGCAACGAGGGGCUGUGCUACGACACCAAACAAGAAGGCCUCGAGGGCGUCGUUGCGCUUGCCGGCGUCGCGGACUGCGACAGCGUGAGGAGCCGCACAACGCAGCACUUGGUCUGGAGCAAUAUCACUGUAAAUGGUCGCGGUGGCUCUGUGGCCAGCGUGAUCACAUCGGCUGCAUCCGGCGGCGCUAUCACCGGCGGUGCUUGUGCUGGGAAUUGGCUCAUGUUCGUGUCUCUGCACCUGCUUGCAUGGUUUGUAGCCUUGUAGUUGUAUGUGGGCCGGGUUGUGGCGAUUUGCUGAACUGUAAGUUGUGGUGUAAAGAGUGCAGGACAUUUUUGACGAGGAGGAUUGUAAGGAGAACAAAACUCUGUUUAUAUUUCAAGUGACGCGAA